AUGUCUCUGGUUCUUUUUCUUCAGGAUCAGGCAAAGAGAUUCAUUGAACGGCUCCAAUUAUCAGGAUUUGAAAACCUAAUAUCAGAAUCUACCAGUUUGUGUGUUAAUUAUUCAUACUGCAUGAUUGAGGAUUUUGGUCAGAGAUUCACCUGCAAUAUUUGGAAUACCAGUGGAGGUCUACAUCAACACAGAAUUUAUACAGCAGCUGGUGCUAGUCAAAGCUAA